AUGGUGACAACGUUCAAGGUUGCAGUGUUGGGUGCUCAAGGAGUCGGGAAGAGCGCCAUUGUCCGCCAGUUCCUUUACAACGAGUUCAGCGAGGUCUGUGUCCCCACCAAGGCCCGCCGUGUCUACCUGCCUGCCGUGGUCAUGAACGGCCACGUCCACGACCUACAAAUCAUGGACUUUCCCCCCAUCACGACUUUUCCAGUAAACACCCUGCAGGAGUGGGCGGACGUGUGCUGCAGGGGCCUCCGGAGUGUUCAUGCCUACAUCUUGGUCUAUGACAUCUGUUGUUUUGACAGCUUUGAGUAUGUCAAAACCAUUAGGCAGCAGAUCCUAGAAACAAGGGUCAUCGGCACCUCAGAGACACCCAUCAUUAUCGUGGGGAACAAACGGGACCUCCAGAAAGGGCGAGUAAUCCCCCGCUGGAAUGUCUCCAACCUGGUGAAGAAGACUUGGAAGUGCGGCUACAUCGAGUGUUCGGCCAAGUACAACUGGCACAUCCUCUUGCUCUUCAGUGAACUCCUCAAGAGUGUGGGGUGCGCCCGGUGCAAGCACGUCCACACCACCAUUCGUUUCCAGGGGGCGCUGCGGAGGAACCGGUGCACUAUUAUGUGA